AACCAUGAUGUUAGCAAUGUCUGUCGCGCCUUAUUGAUGUUCGUUAUUCGUUAUUCUAAAUCGUCAUUGAUUGUCAUCGAAUAAAUUUUUAUUGCGUUCUUAUUUCUCAUCAGUGUUAUAAAAUAAGUUAAAGCGUCCCAUAUCAUUUUAUUGUUUCAUGAAGAUACGACGCAGCUAUCAUGACAACCGCAUUGUAUUUGGAGCAUUAUCUCGAUAGUCUUGAGCAUUUGCCAAUUGAAUUACAAAGGAAUUUUACACUGAUGCGUGACUUGGACGCAAGAGCACAAGGUUUGAUGAAAGAUAUUGAUAAGUUGGCAGAUGAUUAUCUGAAGAACAUAAAAAAGGAAUCAUCAGAAAAGAAAAAGGAGCAACUUGCUCAUAUACAGAGCCUCUUUAACAAGGCUAAGGAAUAUGGCGACGAUAAAGUUCAACUAGCUAUACAAACCUAUGAAUUGGUCGAUAAGCAUAUUAGACGAUUGGAUUCAGAUCUAGCAAGAUUCGAGGCAGAGAUACAAGACAAGACUUUGAAUAGCAAUAGAGCUCAAGAGGAGAGCAAUGCCAACAAAAAAGGUAGAAAGAAAUUGAAAGAGAAAGAGAAGAGAAAGAAAGGUAAUGCAGCGAGCAGCGAGGACGAAGCCAAGAAUGCUAGAAAGAAACAGAAGAAAGGUGGUUCUGUAGCUUCUGCUUCGUCCACUGGCGCUGUAGGUAGCAGUGCUCAAGUAGAUGCAACGGCCCUUGGUCAUCCGGCUGAUGUCUUAGAUAUGCCUGUUGAUCCUAACGAGCCGACUUAUUGUCUUUGCCACCAAGUAUCAUAUGGAGAAAUGAUUGGUUGUGAUAAUCCAGAUUGCCCCAUAGAAUGGUUUCAUUUCGCUUGUGUAGGCUUAACGACAAAACCUAAAGGAAAAUGGUAUUGUCCCAAAUGUACGCAAGAUCGCAAAAAAAAGUAAAUCUUAGGAAAAUUUAAAUUUAUUCAUUAUCCAUUUAAAAAAAGACUACACUGUUUCUAUGAUUAAUACACAAUUUUGUCAUA